GGCCGUGCGGCUGCGGGGGGGCCCGGCCGAGGCCGCCCGCCUCGCCGCCGCCUACGGAUACGUGAACCUGGGGCAGAUCGGGAACCUGGAGAACUACUACCACUUCCACCACGGCCGGACGUUCAAGCGCUCGACACUGAGCAGCCGGGGGCCGCACAACUUCCUCCGCAUGGACCCCAAGGUGGAGUGGCUGCAGCAGCAGGAGGUGAAGCGCCGCGUCAAGAGGCUCGUCCGCGGCGACCCGCAGCCCUUCAACGACCCGGUGUGGCCCAACAUGUGGUACCUGCACUGCGGGGAUAAAAGCAGCCGCUGCCGCUCGGAAAUGAACRUCCUGGCGGCCUGGCAGCGGGGCUACACGGGCAGAAACGUGGUCGUCACCAUCCUGGACGAUGGCAUAGAGCGCAACCACCCCGACCUGCUGCAGAACUACGACCCGCUGGCAAGCUACGACGUCAACGGGAACGACCAUGACCCRACCCCGCGCUACGAUGCCAGCAACGAGAACAAACACGGCACGCGCUGCGCCGGGGAGGUGGCGGCGGCGGCCAACAACUCCUACUGUAUCGUGGGCAUUGCCUACAACGCGCGCAUCGGAGGCAUUCGUAUGUUAGAUGGCGAUGUAACAGAUGUUGUUGAAGCGAAGUCGCUUGGCAUCAGACCCGAUUACAUUGACAUUUACAGCGCGAGCUGGGGGCCAGAUGAUGAUGGGAAGACAGUUGAUGGACCUGGUCUAUUGGCCAAGCAGGCUUUUGAGCAUGGCAUUAAAAAGGGCCGCAGGGGCUUGGGAUCCAUUUUCGUCUGGGCUUCGGGAAAUGGAGGCAGAGAAGGAGAUUACUGCUCUUGCGACGGUUACACCAACAGCAUCUACACCAUCUCUGUGAGCAGCACCACCGAGAACGGGUACAAGCCCUGGUACCUGGAGGAAUGCGCCUCCACCCUCGCCACCACCUACAGCAGCGGGGCCUUCUAUGAGCGAAAAAUAGUCACCACRGACCUGAGGCACCGCUGCACCGACGGCCACACCGGCACCUCCGUCUCUGCCCCCAUGGUCGCCGGCAUCCUCGCCUUGGCUUUGGAAGCCAACCCCUUGCUCACCUGGAGGGAUGUGCAGCACCUGCUGGUUAAGACCUCAAGGCCCGUGCACCUGCGAGCAGCUGACUGGAAGACGAACGGCGCAGGGCACAAAGUUAGCCAUCUAUAUGGAUUUGGUCUGGUGGAUGCAGAAGCUAUUGUGCUGGAGGCCAAGAAGUGGAAAUCUGUCCCUCCGCAGCACAUCUGUGUGGGAAGCCUGGACAGGGUGCCCAAGUACAUCCGCGCUGACCACGUGGUGCGUGCCACCACGCUCACCAGCGCCUGCGCCGACCAUUCCGAGCAGCAUGUGGUUUACCUGGAGCACGUCGUGGUGCGCGUCAGCAUUGCGCACCCCCGCCGCGGGGACCUGCAGAUCAGCCUCAUCUCCCCCGCGGGCACCCGCUCGCAGCUCCUCGCGAGGCGGGUGUUUGACCACUCUAACGAGGGCUUCAAGGGCUGGGAGUUCAUGACCGUGCACUGCUGGGGGGAGAAGGCGGCGGGGGAAUGGACCCUGGAGAUCCACGACACGCCGUCCCAAGUGCGCAACCCCGCCGCGCAAGGGAAGCUGAAGGAGUGGAGCCUCAUUUUCUACGGGACGGCUGAGCACCCCUACAACAUGCCCAGCACCCACCACUCCCGCUCGAGGAUGCUCGAGAUCUCGGCCUCGGAGAUGGAGCCGUCGAAGGCUGCCCUCCUCCAAAGCCAGAUGGAGAUUGUGGAGGAGGAAGAAGAGUACGCAGGUCUGUGCCAUCCUGARUGUGGCGACCAGGGAUGCGACGGUCCCAACGCUGACCAGUGCUUGAACUGCAUCCACUACAGCCUUGGGAGCGUGAAAAGCGGCAGGAUGUGUGUGAGCUCGUGUCCAUCAGGGUUUUUUGGUGACAAGGGAGCRAGAAGGUGCCGGAGGUGCUACAAGGGAUGUGAAAGCUGCCUCGGGAGGGGCCCCAACCAGUGCACGGCGUGCAAGCGGAGCCUCUAUCAUCACCAGGAGAUGAACACAUGUGUGGUGCUGUGCCCACCUGGAUAUUACGCCGAGGAACGUCAGAAACGUUGUCUUAAAUGUCAUCAAAGCUGUAAAAAGUGUGUCGGYGAACCAGAUAGAUGCACUGCAUGCAAAGAUGGAUUCAGCCUGGUGGGAGAGAGCUGUGUGCCCGAGUGCCAGCCUGCCAGCUACCUCAGCAGGGAGCCCCGGCGCUGUGAGAGCUGCCCUGCCAGCUGCCCGGCCUGCGCAGAUCCGGGCGAGCUGGACUGCGCUGCGUGCGCCCGCGAGGGCCCCGCACCCGAGUGGCGCUGCGUCCCCGCCUGCCCCGAGGGCUUCUACCCCGGCCACAGCCACGGGCUGCCCCGCAAGGUCUGCAAGAGGUGCGAUGACCACUGCUUGGCCUGCGAAGGGUCUGCCGGGAACUGCAUCAAGUGUAAGGAAGGUUUCAGCCUCCUCAGCGGCUCCUGCGUCACAAACGAGACCUGCACCAACGCUGACAAGACUUUCUGUGAGAUGGUGAAAUCAAACAAGCUCUGUGAAAAGAAGCUGUUUGUGCAGUUCUGCUGUCAGACGUGUCUUAUGGCUGGGUAAAGUUCAACAGCUGCAUCCAGGACUUCCAACUGCCAGCCCAUUUUUGCCAAAUGUUUAGGACAAAAGUUUAUUUUUUCAGCUUUGGGAGAGUUUACAUGGUGCUGUCAAGCCUUCGCUUGUAAGUUUGAUAGCUUUAAUAUCACUGUUGUGUGUUUCUCUAGCAAUAUGCUCAGCCCAGAGUGGAUCCAACCCUGAAAGAUUGAGACCUAAARUGUCCCGAGCAAGCAGUGAUAUUAACACUCUCAAACACUCCUUGUGAGCAGGGACCAAGGCACGAUCCACGCUUCCAGGCUCGGUUCUCGGCAGAAAUCCUGCUGAUUUAACCCGUUCCGAGGGGCUGGCAGGGGCCCACGCCGCCAAGGAUUGAAGAGGCCAUGCAGGAGGAGCUUCCCAGGGUUCCACUCUCGGGAGCGUUUCCCGCAGCACCAGCCGAUCCAAACCCGCCUCGCAAACAGCCGGCACCGCGUCCCRUCCGUGCGCAAGACGACGGAUCGGGCAGCGUCCCGCGGCCACCUCUGGCUCCUCUUUUCGGAUCUGCUCACUAGCUAUUUCUCUSUAGCUGUGAACAGGGCACUAACUGGAGGUUUGAGGACCAAAGUGAGAGCUGAUCUGGGUGACUUUGCAGGCCCGCUGGCCCAGCGAGGCCACCACCAGGGCUUUGCUCGGCAAAACCCCCGUGCUGGCCGAGUCCUGUGGGGUUCAUCCGYGUGGAUCGGCCGGUGCCAUCCCCGCUUCCUCCCUCACCGCAGUUCCCUGCCAAACUGCUACAAGUUGUUGAUUAACUUCUGAAGCGAGCGAGAUCCUUCCUCUCUGAGCUAAAUAAGGUGGUUUCCCCAUCAUCUCUUCCAGCCUUUUGUGUUGUGAUCGUUCCCAUGUUUUAGCUGGGUAUACCCACCUUGCUCAGAAAAUACUGCUAUUCAUGGCAGUGAUUUUUCUUGAUGUUGAUCUGUUUCCAAAAGCAGAUAUUCCAGAGAUCCAGCCAGGAAACUCUAAAUUCUACAAAACCCUCCCAAAACCCAAACUUUUUCAUGCUCUCUCUCAAUAAUACGUCAUAUGGUGUUUAUAUAAUUGUGUUUAAAAUAUCCUUGACUAUGUUGUUUUACAGAUUUUUUUAAAAAAUAACUUAUACAGUCCUUGUUUUUCCUCCGUAGAUUAUUUUUUGYAUAGGGAGCGGGGAAUCUUUAGUGUUUUACAUCCUCCUUCUUUUUGCCGCCUCUCUCCAACCUUAGAGACGAGCUCUUUUCACAAGACCUAUGUAAACAAUUACUUCCUAUGCUGCAUGUUCUGAUUUUCAUUGUUAAUAGUUUUACCAAGUUAAACCUUUCGCCRGUGGCAUUC